UCCUGCCCCUCCCUGCCUCCCUGCCCCCUUGGAUUCCUCCUCUCUGCCCCCCAAGAAAGCCUCUGGGGCUCUUGGGCAACCGCCCAGAUGUUGGUGCACACCUAUUCCGCCAUGGACCGGGCGGAGGGGCUGAGCGGGGCUGGCAGCGGCGGACGCCUCUCGCAGCUCUCCUCCUUGAACCAAGGCGCCUACUCCUCGGCUCCCCCGCUGUGCCACACUCCAGCCUCGGACUUCCAGCCCCCCUACUUCCCACCUCCGUACCCGCAGCCGCCUCCGCCGCCACUAUCCUUCGCUACCCAGAGCCAGGAGAGCCCCGGAGCAGGAGGCAGCAGCAGCGGAGGAGCCUAUCCGCACCUGGGGGACCCUUAUGCCGCCAUCAACCCGCUCCAUCCUCACCACCACCAGCACCACCAGCACCAUCACCACCAUCAUCCCCAGCAAGGAGGCUGGCAUGCCCAGAGGGCCAGGCAAGAAGAAGCUGCUGCAGCUGCGGCAGCAGCAGCAGCUGCAGGGCUCCUUUCACAAACGCACCGGGCCUUGGGUCUGGACCCCCGAGGAGGAGGAGGAGGAGGGUCCUCCAGGGACUUCCAGGGGCCUCGCUUGCUCCACCAAGGCCUGGCCGAAGCAGGGGCCCACGCCUUGGCCGAAGGGGCCCUCGGCCUCCACGCCUUGGGUGCCCAUGCCCUCCAUGAGCUCCAGGCCAGUUUUGCGAGGCAAGUGUUGUGA